UGAGUCAGGCCCCCCCCGGGAAACGUCUACUCUCUCCAAGGCGAAGAAGAAAUAGUUGUAGGGAGAGGGAGAGAGAGAUGGCGACGGAUUCGAAGGUAGAGACGAUAUCGAGACUGGCUCAGUGGAGAGUCGACAACUUCGGACCUUGCAAUUACAAAAGAUCGGAUCCUUUCAAGGUCGGAAUCUGGAACUGGUUUCUUUCGAUCGAGAGGAAUCGGUAUCUGUACAUUCGUCUGUUUCCGGAACCUUCGAGAGCGUCCAAGGAACAGCCUCCCGUUGCUAGAUUUGUGCUCCGAGUCUCCAACACCGGCGCUAACCGCAGACUAUACAUCUCUCCGAUUCAUGAAAGGCUGCUUCGGACAAGUGAAGACUUUGUAUGGCCUGUUGAUUCCACCUUUGUUGGCCGCUUCAUCAUCGAUGUUGAGUUUCUGGACCUCAAGAUCUGCUCAAUGAAUGGUGGAGGAGAUGCUACUUCCAUCUGGCCCAGUGAUGGAACGAUGCAAUCUUUAGCAGCCCAAACAACACUUCAAUGCCUCUCUCGCAUGCUUAAUGAGGCUAUCCAUGCUGAUGUCACCAUCAACGCAUCAGAUGGCACACUAAGAGCUCACAAGGCUAUUCUUGCUGCAAGUUCUCCCGUGUUUCAGAGCAUGUUUCUGCACAACCUCAAAGAGAAGGAAUCAUCAAUAAUUGACAUAGAAGACAUGUCACAGGAGGCCUGCAUGGCUCUUCUCAGUUACUUGUAUGGAAUCAUAAGGCAGGAGGAUUUCUGGAAGCACCGGCUGGCAUUGCUGGGUGCAGCAAACAAAUAUGACAUUGCUGACCUGAAAGAUUCUUGCGAGGAAAGCCUCUUGGAGGACCUCAACUCUGGAAAUGUCCUUGAGCGACUGCAGGAAGCUUGGCUUUACCAGCUAGAAAAGUUGAAGAAAGGAUGUUUAACAUACUUGUUUGAUUUUGGCAAGAUUUACGAUGUUAGAGAUGAUAUUAGCGACUUCUUUAGACAGGCAGACAGGGAACUGAUGUUGGAGAUGUUCCAAGAGGUGCUUACUGCUUGGAAACCGACAUAAAUCAUCAGGAAAGGAUUCUUCUGCUUCAGGUAUCUGCCAAAAUAAUCAAGUGCUUGUAUGUGUGUAUAUAAAUAUUACAUACUCCAUCAUUUCGAUGGCAUCUAAAGUUUUUACUAUGUUAGUUCCUAGCUAGAAGCUCCGAGGUUAGCUAUGCUGUCAAUGUAAUGCUCUAGCUUAUAUUUAGUGUCAAUAUUUCAGGUUUAAGAGUGGCCUUUAUGCUUGUGGGGCUCAACAUCUAGCUUGUAGUUUGAAAAGGAAUGUAGAUAUUUACAAGGCA